AUGGAUGAUAAACAUUCCGUUCAAGGAAGUGACCCUUCUGAUUUAGACAUUGAUAAAGACAGUAGAUCAAUAUCUCCACUUUCUCCUACAAGCUCUUUUGAAACAUACAAAAAUAAUGAUGCUCCAAUAACUGCCAUUCAAACAGAUAUAACAAACACUGUACUUAUCACUAGCGCUGAAAAGCAUCCACAAAGCUUAUUAACACAUCCAGUAUAUCCUGUAACAGUUCCACCAUUUGUUCUUGAUGAAAUCUACACAGAUUUAGAGAAACAGUCUAGUAACUUCUCAUGCCAAACCGAUCUACAUACUGAAAAUAUAUCAGAAAGUGACUUGAAAUGGUCAAAAUUAGCGCAUAAUGUGGGAACAAAUACUAAUUAUUUUCCGAGUAAAUUGGUUCCUAUUUUUGACAAGAAACAGGUUGGUAUCAAAGAUAAUUAUUCUAUAAUCAGUAAUAAUAGCAGAAAAACUGUUAAUUCCUCCAAAUUUUCAAUAGAUGAUAUAUUUGAUGCCGCAGAAAAGGAAAAAAUACGAAAUGAAAUAUUAUGUGAUUUGGAUUCUGAUUGGAAGGGUGAUCAAAGGUUAGAAAAAAUAUUAAGAUUUAAGAAUUCAAAUUAUAAUUUUAACAAUAAAGACGAGGAAAAAAAAUGGAAGGAAUAUUUACCAAGAUUAUUUGAACAAGUAUAUAAAUCCGAUGAUCAACAAGAACAAGGAACUGAAGGAGAUACCACUCACUUGAAAAAUCAGGAUGGGAUGAGAUCACAGUUAGAAUAUGAAACGGAAAAAUGGAGAAAAUAUUUUGAUCAAAAAGUGGUUAAAUGGAAACCACAUAUCAGUAAUUUUAUUGAUAAUAGCAGAAUUCUUCCAUUAGCAUUUAGAAUUAUUAUUCUCAUAUUAUCCCUAAUAUCUCUAGGACUCUCUGUAAGAAUAUUUCAAAAUUCUAGAGACUAUGCUAAUGAAACACUAGACUCAAUUCCACAACAACCGAGUACCAUAAUGGCUAUAUGUGUUAACGCAAUUGCAUCAAUAUACACGGCGUAUAUAGCACAUGAUGAAUUUAAAAGUGCCCCCAUUGGCCUAAGAAAUAUAUCUGACAAGAUGAAGCUGAUUUGUCUUGACCUAAUUUUUGUCAUUUUUUCAAGUGCUAAUCUAGCAUUAGCCUUCAAUACAAGAUACGAUACUAGAUGGGUUUGUAGUGAUACUUAUCCUUUAAAUGUGAAUGGCCAAAUUACAAAAGUAUACCCUUUGGUCCCAUAUAUUUGCAGAAAACAAAAAGCAUUAUCUGCAUUUUUAUUCAUCCUACUAUUCACUUGGAUACUUUGUGUCAUAUUCAGCAUGAUAAGAAUCAUUAGACGCACAGUCCCCAAAUGA